UCGUCGUCAUCAGCGCGGAGUCCCAAGUGGUGGAAGAUUCGUCUCUUCCAGGGCAUGGUCAAUGAUAUCCACCGUCGUGCGCCUUACUAUCCGAGUGAUUGGAAGGAUGCUUGGGACUAUCGUGUGGUGCCCGCCACGGUGUAUAUGUAUUUUGCAAAUAUCCUCCCGGCAUUGGCCUUCUCUCUGGACAUGUUCACACGCACGCAUUCCAACUAUGGUGUCAAUGAGGUUCUCCUCGCCUCCGUGCUGGGCUCCGUCGUCUUCUCGUUCCUCGCCUGCCAGCCGCUCGUCAUAGUCGGCGUGACUGGCCCCAUCACCGUCUUCAACUAUACCGUCUACGAUAUCAUGUCGCCGACCGGCGUCAACUACCUGGGCUUCAUGACCUGGAUCGGGCUGUGGGCUCUGGUCAUGCACUGGCUCCUGGCCGUCACCAACUCGUGCAACUGGCUGCGCUACGUGACUCGCUUUCCCUGCGACAUCUUUGGCUUCUACGUGGCCUGUAUCUACCUCCAGAAGGGUGUCCAGAUCCUGGUGCUGCAGGGCGACAUGGAGCCCUUUUACCUGAGCACCAUGGUGGCCAUCCUGGUCUUUGCCAUUGCCUAUUUCUGCGGCGAGCUGGGGAACAGCACGCUCUUCCACCACUACGUGAGGGUGUUUAUCAAGGACUACGGCACGCCGUUGACUGUCGUCUUCUUCUCGGGCUUUGUACAUAUCGGGAGGAUGAAGGGGGUCAGCCUCGAGUACCUGCCGACCAGCACGGCUUUCUUCCCGACCGCGGAUCGAGGCUGGCUGGUCAACUUUUGGGACGUUAGGGUCUCGGAUGUCUUCCUGGCCAUACCGUUUGCCCUGCUGCUGACCAUCCUGUUCUGGUUUGACCAUAAUGUCUCCUCUCUCAUCGCCCAGGGCACCGAGUUCCCACUCAAAAAACCAGCCGGGUUUCACUGGGACCUCUUCCUGCUAGGCUUGACCACGGGCGUAGCCGGCAUCCUCGGUCUCCCCUUCCCCAACGGCCUCAUCCCGCAGGCGCCUUUUCACACCGAGUCCCUCUGCGUGACCAAGGUGGUCCACGACACGGACGAGGGCGGCGACAACAAGGGCCACUGGGAGUUGAAGCGCACCCAUGUCGUCGAGCAGCGCGUGUCCAACCUCGCUCAGGGCCUGCUCACCCUCGGCACCAUGACGGGCCCCCUCCUCGUCGUCCUGCAUCUCAUCCCACAGGGCGUCCUGGCGGGGCUCUUCUUCAUCAUGGGCUACCAGGCCCUCGAGGGCAACGGCAUCACCGCCAAGAUCCUCUUCCUCGUUCGUGACAGGGCCCUGACGGACAAGGCGCACGCCCUCCACAGGAUCGAGCGCCGUGCCGCCAUCUGGCUCUUCGUUGCCAUCGAGCUGGUCGGGUUCGGCGCCACCUUCGCCAUCACGCAGACCGUCGCCGCCGUCGGGUUCCCGUGCUUCAUUCUCGCCCUCAUUCCUGUACGUGCACUGCUCCUCCCGCGGCUGUUUACACCGCUCGAGCUGAGUGUUCUUGACGCCCCGACCGCGAGCCCCUUCACGAUGGAGAGUGUUGGUGGGAGCUACGGCAGUGGGGAGGAG